CCGCUCUCCCCGUCCCCCUCCGCACUGCGAUCCGCGGCGCCCGCGGCCGCCGCUCACAGAGAGCCCCAGCGCCGCGCCGCGUGGAUGGACGAUCCAGAAUCCUGUUUCCUGUCGUGGACAAUUGCCUCAUUCAAGUAAAACUCCUUGAAGGGUGUGAUACAUCGGCACCAUGUUCAGAGAAAAUCUGAAGACCAUCCUGGAUGGAGCCUUGUCAAGGAAGAAAAAUACUGCUGGCGACCUGUACGGUGACCACUACGGCUCGGUGAGCGACGUGCUCGGGGCUGGCGGCGGUGCCGGCGGCGUGGAGGUGGGCGCCGGAGUUGGUCGCUCGGGUCGAGGCAUCUCCAUGUCGCUGCCCUCCUCGCCCAUGCUGUCGCGCCAGCCCAGGGCAGUGCUGGGACCCCCGCCCCUUGGUGCCACCCGUCCUCCAGUGCCUGCCCAGAAGCCAAAGUAUGCAGAAGUCCCCAGGGUUCCAGAGUCUGCGAAGCUGGGGCCAGCAAUUUCAACUGAGAUAAAAGAAGGAGCUGGGCUUUUCCUGCAUGAUGCGGAGAAGGAGUGCAGUGUCCAGGAGACUGCGGACGCGUUGAUGACGCGCCUGGGACUCCUGCUGGGAAGCAAGGCAGCGGCGUGUAGUGUCCCCGAGAGAGCCGACACAAAGCCAUCGGCAGUCAGUGGCAUCAGCCCGUGCUCCACCCUGACGAGCGGAUCCCCUUCCCCCGGGACGGGCAGCCCCUGCUCCACGCUGCACGGAGGGCCCGCGGGGGGCUCCAAGCCAACGCCGCCCAGCAAGGGCAGCCCCUACAGCAGCGUGGGCAGCGCCAGCUCCACCCUGGAGAGCAAGGACAGCGGCAUUAUCGCCACAAUAACGAGCUCCUCAGAAAAUGUGGAACGGAGUGGCUGCAGCCUGGAGCGGAGUAAGGAGGAAAGUGGGGAAGGUGGCGAUGGAGGAAGCACGGGCACCAGUCCCUGGCACCACCCGGGCCAGGCCGGGCCACAGGGAGAGCCGACCGGUGCCGCUGGGACCAGGCCAUCUGUGUGCAGCCAAAGUCUGAGUCGCACGUUGGAAGGAGCGGCCGGAGCCGCCCAACUGCCUAUGCAGGAGGCCGUGUCUGCCCACAUGAUGCCCAGGCCCAACUCGGUGGCAGCCACGAGCUCGGCCAAGCUGGAGGACCUCUCCUACUUGGACGAGCAGCGCUGCACUCCGCUCCGCACCUCCAUCCGCAUGCCGCGGCAGCAAGCAGCCGCCGGUCGGCUUCAGCAGGAGCUGCGAGCUCGCUUCUACCCGUUCCAACCACCGGAGGCUGUCCUAAAGCCCCUACUCUUCGAGGUGCCCAGCAUCACGGCUGACUCCGUGUUCGUGGGCCGGGACUGGCUCUUUCAUGAGGUCGAGGUGGCACUGUGCAGCGCCGACUCGCAGCGUAGCCGCGGGGCCAUGGUGGCCGGGGACAUCGGCUUCGGAAAGACGGCACUGGUGUCGCGGUUGGUGGCGCUCAGCUCGCAUGGCAACCGCAUGAGGCAGAUCGUGUCGAGCAGUUCCAACCCAGCCCCCAGGGGUGCCGACUCCCUGCAGGAGCUGUCCCUCACCUACACGCCACAGCCCAGCCCUCACAGCAGCAGCAGCAGUGCCAGCCUGGUCAGCACGGGCAGCUGCCCAAGCACCCCUGAGCUACGGAGGCUGCGCGAAGGAGCUGUGACUCGUCUGGCCGCGCGGGUGGUGUCCUACCACUACUGCCAGGCUGACAACGCCUACACCUGCCUGGUGCCCGAGUUUGUACACAGCACGGCGGCGCUGCUGUGCCGCUCGCCGCAGCUGCCCGCGUACCGCGAGCUGCUCAUGCGGGAGCCGCACGCGCUGCCCGUGCUCAGCCUGCGCUCGUGCGUGCAGGACCCAGCCGCCGCCUUCCGUCGCGGAAUCCUCGAGCCGCUCUCCACCCUGCGCAGAGAGAGGAGAAUCCCGGAGGAAAACUUCAUAAUCCUGAUCGAUGGCCUGAACGAAGCAGAGUUCCACAAGCCUGACUAUGGAGACACCAUCACCUCCUUCCUUGCCAAGAUGUUGCCGCGGUUCCCGUUCUGGCUCAAGCUGGUGGUGACCGUGCGCUCCAAGCUGCAGGCCAUUGUGGAAGCUUUUCCAUUCCACACAGUAUCCUUGGAUGGCUUUGGGGAGCGGGAGGAGAUUUCCGCAGACCUGCAGGCCUACGUGUCGUCUCGCGUUCAGAGCAGCUGUGAGAUCCAGCAGAACGUGUCUCUGGGCACGGGGCGUCUGGACACCAUCGCUCUAGGCCGCCUCGGGGGCCACCUGUGCUCGCUCAGCCGUGGCUCCUUCCUCUACCUCCGCCUCACCCUCGACCUCAUCGAGCGGGGUCACCUCGUGCUCAAGAGCUCCAGCUACAAGGUGGUGCCGGUGUCACUGGCCGAGCUCUACCUGCUGCAAUGCAACAUGCGCUUCCCCACGACGUCCGCCUUCGAGCGUGUGCUGCCGCUGCUCAAUGUGGCGCUGGCCUCGCUGCACCCGCUCACGGACGAGCAGACAUUCCGCGCCGUGGCGGCUGGUUGGGUGGCACCGCGUGCGACGGCGUCGUCGGGCAGGUCGCGAAGGGCUGGCAGCGAGUUGGACGAGGUGGCACCGGCUGAUGAACGCCGGCAGGACGCGCAUGCGGCGGCGGUGGCGGGGAUGGCGCCACCGCUCUCCUGGGAGGAUUUCCAGGCGCGGAUGGAGAUGCUGUCGGCGUUCCUGGUGCGGCGGCGCGACGGCACGCGCAUGUUCUGUCACCCGUCCUUCCGGGAGUGGCUCACCUGGAGGGCAGGGGAGGGGCAGAGCACCAAGUUUCUUUGUGACCCGAGGAGUGGACAUGCGCUGCUGGCCUUCCUCUUCUCGCGCCAAGACGGCAAGCUGAACCGACAGCAGACCAUCGAGCUGGGCCACCACAUUCUGAAGGCACGAAUCUACAAGGGCUUAAGCAAGCGGCUGGGCGUAUCCUCAUCAGUGCUGCAGGCGCUGUGGGUGGCGUUCAGCACGGACGGGCUCUCGACGGCGCUUGCCUCUUUGCGCAAUCUGUACACACCCAAUGUGAAGGUCAGUCGGCUGUUGAUCCAGGCAGGCGCAGACGUGAACCACCGUACAGAGGCGCUGGGCAACGCACCCAUCCUGUGCGUUUACUCGCACCUCGGUUAUCAGGAUAUGGAGAGCGUUCUCCUGGAGAUGGGCGCCGACCCCAACCUGGCCUCGGAGAGUGGAAUGUCUGCGCUCUGUUACGCUGCUUCCAGCGGACACCUGGGCAUCGUCAGAAUGCUCACGAGGAAAGGAGCCAAGGUCGACCACGUGGACCGAGCAGGGCAGUGCGCGCUGGUGCAUGCUGGGCUCCGGGGACACCUGGACAUCAUGGUCCACCUGCUGCAGGCCGAGUGGACGCUCGCCGGGCGCCAGCCGGGCCCCGUGCAACGAUACCAGGCGGUGCAGCAGGCGCUCACCGCUACCGCUAGCAGUGGCCACGUGGAGGUGGUGAGCUACCUGCUGGACAUGCUGCCAGAUUGGGACGUGGAAGAUCUGGGCCGGCCCCACAUUGACAGCUUUGACACCCUCUGGGGAGAGACAGCUCUGACGGCGGCGGCGACCCAGGGCCGACUCGAUAUCUGCCGGCUGCUGCUGGAGUGGGGAGCGAAUGCGUCUCAAGCCAGCAGGCAGGGUGUCGUCCCUGUGUUUGGUGCCGUCCGCAAGGGACACUGGCAGGUGGUGGAGCUGUUGCUGAGCCACGGCGUGGACGUGAACGUGACGGACAGGCAGGGCCGCACGCCGCUCAUGGUGUCCUCUUCUGAGGGCCACCUGCAGACCGCCGCGUUCCUGCACUCCCAGGGGGCCUCGGUGGCAGCCGUGGACCGCGAGGGCCUGUCGGCUCUGAGCUGGGCGUGCCUCAAGGGGCGGCUUCCCGUCGUGCGAUUCCUGCUGGAGAACGGCGCUGCCAUCGAGCAUGCGGACAAGAGCGGUCGCACACCCCUAGAUCUGGCCGCCUUCUACGGCGACGAGAACGUGAUCGACUGCCUCAUUGAGCAUGGGGCAUCAAUCGACCACACGGACAACAGUGGCAUGAGCCCGCUGGAUCGCGCCAUCGGCUGCCGCAACUCCUCUGUGGUGGUGGCUCUACUCAGGAAGGGGGCUCGCCUAGGGCCAGCCGCUUGGGCUAUGGCCACAUCCAAAGCGGACGUUCUCAUCGUGCUGCUCAACAAGCUCAUCGAGGAAGGAAACUCUCUGUACAAGAAAGGACGAAUGAAGGAGGCUGCCCAGCGCUACCAGUACGCCCUGAAGAAGCUGCCACGGGAGGCUCUCAGUGAGGACCAGCAGAACUUUACCGACCUCAAAGUGACGGUCUACCUGAACCUCUCGCGCUGCCGGCGCAAGAUGAACGAUUUUGGAAUCGCUGAGGAAUUUGCCACCAAGGCCCUGGAGUUGAAGCCGGACUCGUUCGAGGCGUUCUACGCUCGCGCUCGGGCCAAGCGCAGCAGCAGGCAAUUUUCGGAAGCCCUGUUGGACCUGCGCGAGGCCGUGCGGCUGUGCCCAGGGAACAGGGAGAUCCAGCGGCUGUUGAUGCGCGUGGAAGAAGAGUGCAGGACGCUCAGCCAGAGCCAGCAUCAGCUGCGCAGGGCCGCACCGCUCCGGGCUGCGAGCAUCGGCGGCGGCAGCCCCGGGCUGUCGGGCUGGCUGGCGAGCAUCGAGAGGCCGGGUGGGUCGGCACAGGGCGCGCUCGAAGCAGACCGGCUGUCGAGCGCCUCCGCGAGCAGGACAGGUGGCAACGUGGACCGACCGGGCAAGCACCGACUUGGCAGGAGUGAGAGCGAAACAUCAGCAAGCGCCAACGCAGAGCGGCUACAGCGGGGCGGCGUGACCAGGCCUGUACCGCACUGGCCCGUGAGCCAGACAGGGCCGAGCGGGGUUGGUAAAGGGUCCAGCGAGGCCACGGGUUUGGUGGGUGGUGCUGAGUUGGCGGCCUGGUUGGACAGCUCCGGUUCCCAACCCAGAACCAGAGCUGGGAUCACCGAGGGGGCAGGGCUUGCGCUCCGCAGGGCCUCGGGCCCAGCGGCGGCUCAGGCUGGGCCAUCUGGAAAUGCCGCUGACAACGUGGGGCCGCAGUCACGUCAGCCAGAGAUGGAGUCCGACCCAGAAGAGGAUGACGAUCCUUCCCUGGGCAUGGAUGAGGAGAAUGAGAAUGCAGAGGGAGACAAUGAGGAUGAGGAUGACGACAGCACAACCUCCUCGCCCAUCCUGCGCCAGGCGCCCGGGUCUCCUCGACCUAAGCACUGCUCAGAAGAGUCUUCACCUUCAUCCGUCUCGAUCUCAGGGCACAAUGAGGCCUGGCGGCCAAGGAAAGAGCCCAAGAGUGGCAGUGCUUCCCUCUCCUCCUCAUCACUCUCUUCUGUCACCUCCUCGUCCUCCUCCUCCACGUCAUCUUCAUUGUCGUCUCCCGCAAACACACAGAGGGACCCGCACUCUCUAAAACCGGCGCCGGAAGGCAUCUGUCCACCACCACUGCCACCAAAAACACGUGGCGGCAGUGUCAAAAAGACGGUCAUGGUGGAGAGGCCAGAGAGACCCGAGCUUUGUGGAGAUGCCUGCCUGAGCAGUCCCUGUCAGUUGCCGCAUCAGGACAGCUUCCCUGAACCCAUCACUGUGGAACAAGGGCUUCCCCUGCAGACGGCAAGGGCACAGAUUGUUAAGACCAGGCAGGUAUGCGGGACGCCUGUGCACAGCGGAGUGGUAGGCGUAGGUCCCAGGGCCGUGCUAACCCCAUCACCCCUGUCAUUGGUGACUAAUGGCUCCGAGUGGCCAGGAAGCGGCGGGAACAGUGCGGCCACGAGUCUGGAGAGAAUUGCUCGCCAGCUCGACGGACCACAGCCUCAGAGCUCCAUGCCAUCGUCCACUACCACUGGCCCAACGGAGACAUCUACAGUGCCUGCUGAAGUGAGCCACACUCAGCGGGUUGGUUUGUCGCCGCUGCCCUCCCCAGGCCCGCACCUGAAGACAUCCGCAUCCAGCAGCAGCCUGACCUCUACAGCAAGUUCCAGUGAUGGCGACAGGCCUCACGCGCUCGGUUGUCUGAGCAACCUGGCGCACGACCGCCACGCACGAGCAGAUCGGUCCAGCGAGUUCCACGCCUGGCCUCAGGAGUCAUUGGGCAGGAAGCCACGCACGACGCCCUUCAUGGGAAUUAAGGACAAGACGGCACGGACGCAUCAAGGCCGGGGCACUGGCACCCUCUCGUCGGCACCUUCGACCGUCGCCCAUGCGGAGGGGGCCUCCAUGCUCCAGGGAAUUGGGCAGCUUUCUCGGCCUUGCCGGGUGGCCACCACGUACAACUGCGGCGUGCCGAACAGCCCGCCCGGAGGCACGGCCAUCGUGCUCAACGGCACCCAGGACCCCAGGCUGCAGCGACCCACGCUGGGAGUGCCAGAGGGACCGUGCCGGAAUGCGGCGCAAGACGGCGGCGACCCAUCCAGGGCAGCGCCCCCAAUGCUGCCGGCGAAACCAAAGAGAUCCUACGUCGAGUCCAAUGUCUGAACGAAGGCGCAGCGGAGAUGGCGGAGAUUAAUUUAAAACCACGAGCAGUUGGACAAUUGAAUGUGGGACAGCACUUGGUUUACAAAUGGGAAAAAACUGUGUGGAUUAAGAUUAUUUGGAGAAUUGUAUUGUAUGAAGAUGGGAAUUGAGAAUGUUGGUUAUAUGAUUAAGUAGAUCUGGUAGAUGGCGUUUCUCUACCAGUAUGAAGGGUGAACUAAAAGUUAAAAGUCUUGAUCGUGAAGCGUGGUUUUUAGAUAACAGUAUGCAGGAGUAAAGGAAAUUGUAUCAUCACAAGUCAAUAUUUUUACUUUUUCUUUUCAUCAUUAUUAGGUAGGAGCUUGUUGUUCAAGCCUUUAAAUGCAUUUCUGCUACUUUCAUGUUUCAUAAUAAGCAUUUGUUGAUACAUCGGCAUCUCACCGUGGACCUAACAGAAUGUUUUUGAUUAAAUAACCAGGUUGGAAAAGUUAGGAUUCAUAGUCACUGCUCUUUACGGUAAAAUAAAGUGUCAGAAUAUCAAUGAAUUUGUUAACAUGCAUACAUAGAUCCCCGUAUAGCCUCAACAGUGCUGUUAGCGAGCGCCUAUGAAGGCGCCAGCACUGCACACGAGGUGGUUGGGGUGGCCAGCACCAUGCCCAGGCCACCCUGUCUCUCUAGUGGCAUGCAUCAGGUACUCAUUUGAGGCUCUCGACCGAUGGGGUGGCCCAGGACUAGUCAAGAUAUUACCCCAACCUGAUUAUUAGCCACGGCUGGGAAUUGAACUGGGGUUACCAGGGUUCUAAUGCAAUGCGUUAACCACUGUGCUACAACUCCCUGUACACACACGCCCUACUGUCAGUCUGCCGCUUCAGAUAAUCAUCACUGGUGUUCGCCGUGAGCGGGAAUCGAACUCGGGUCGUCGUGUUCAUGGCGCAGCACGUUAACCACUACACUACCACUCCCUAUUGAUAUACAUACACAUGCAGAUACGCUGGUAAAUGCUGUUGGGAGUGCUGAAGUUUACGGUUUGGUUUGGGAAGGCUGCACUUGCUGUACUGGAUGCAUGCCGGGGUUGGUAUGGAGGUGCAGUCUCCGCACACAGGCUCUGUAUUGCAAGUGCACUUUAUCGGAAUGAUGGAGACUGGGGUGACUCGAGACUGGUUAGUGCUUAUUUAAAGUUGUAGAAAAAGUAAGAAACUCACUAACGGGCUUGUAUGACUAAGUGCGACAAAUGUGGGGCUGGAAACAAAAUCAAAAGUGUCGUGUAAUUUUUUCUUGUAAAUGGGCUGAUCGUUCUUAAACAUUUUACCAGUAGACUGACGAGGUUUUUUUUCUUCCCCUUAUGCCACUUUUUUAUUUCAUAAAGUGAUUUGCAAAACAAAGAUAGGUAAGGAGGUAGUUCACGUUUUAUAAACUAUUGGCUUUUGUAUUGCACAUUAAUAUCUGUUGUAAGAUGAUAACUACUUGCAUUUAAGCUUGUGUAACAUUUUUACGUAAAUAUAUUUAAAGAAUUCGCUUGGUGUGCCCGAGACCUGUCUGGAGAGAAGAGUUCGUUGUGCUUGGUGUAUUAACGCUGUCUGCCACACUCGUAACCACAAUCACUCGCUCUGGUUUAGAAAGGGGGUGUUUUCUCUUUCAGGGAGGGCAGAAUGUCGACUAAAACAAUCUGUAAGAGUUUUGAACAUGUAAAUAGUUUUCCUGUUCUUCACGUGUAAAGUUCACAGUUAAUGACACAUGAGAUAUAUUGAAGUGUGAUUCUACUCUUUUGGUGCAUUUAUUGGUUUGAUUGCCUGAAAGGUAAUAAACUGCUUCUAAUUCAGACAACUAGUGUGGUGGUGAUGUUAUAAGUCUGUAUCUCAAAGUUUUCCCUCAAACCUGAUGUAUAUCCCAUAGCUGGUUUUUAUUAAGAAAAUGCUUUAACAAUGCUCACAAUCUUAAUUUGUAUUUUUUUUUCUAUUAGGUUCUAUAUAGAUGUACUAUAUUUUUGUCCAACAAAAACGUACUUUUAUUCUUUUCUGCAGCCACCCCUAAACAAUAGAAUAAAUGUUAUUUAUGUUUUAGUUAUAAAACACUUUUGAAACCUUAUCUUUAUCAUUUGAAAAACCAAAACAGUUUUAUCAAUUAUUGCCAGAUGGUCAUGGAUAUCAUUCCUUCCCCCCACCAAAACCAGUUUCAUCAUUUGCCAAGUAAUGAUUUUAUGCUCCAAAUGGCUUAUUUUUUCAACUAUCAUAUAUUUGUGAUAAAACUAAUAAAAAAAUAUAUUUUCUUGGGUAAAAUCAGGCAAAAAUGCCAUGGCACUUUUUUACAAAAUGAGUAUUUGUAUUUUUUCCAACGAUAUUAAAUCAAAUUUCUAGGAAUAAUACAUUAUAUUUAGCAUUUAUUUAUAUAUAUACAACUAAGUCCGGAAUGUGUAAAUUUCAUAAACGUGGGUUUUUAUCAAAAACAACAUGCGUAUUUGCGUGUGGUUAUGUGAGCGAAUCUGGUUAUGUACGCAGUAUCCGUUCUGAAGGUCAUCUCCACGCUGUUAUAUGUUUGGGGAGAGUCCAUGUAUUCUCACGUGUGUACGAGUGCACGUCCGGUCGCGUGUUUGUGUGAACAGGUGUUCACAUGUGGGACACUGCUCGUGCAGUUGUGUUUGUGGAGGUAAUGGCAUGUGUGUGGCCGUGCGAAUCCAUCUCUUCAAAACACUUGAAUAAAUCACCCUUUCAUGCAUUGGCAAAAACUUCAGCCUCUGCCCUCAUUUCAACCCGUGGACAGGCCAAAUCAAGGGUGGCCAAAUAAGUCCUCAAAUCAUGAGCUUCCAUGCAAGGAGUGCAGUGCCUGAAAAAGUAUGACCAAAGUCCUUUCCAAAUUGAGAGUGGAUGACGCGCGUCGGGUAAAUUAUGCGAUUGUCCGCGAGAGAAUCGUCCGACACAAGAAUGUAGAAAUGUCAACACUGGUCUGAGACCAGUGGAGAAGCGCACCACCCAACGUUAGUAUGAACAUAGGG